CCCCUCAAGCCCUCGGGUUCGGCUUGCCUGCUUGACACAGCCUGCGCACCUAGGCUGGGUCGGGCUCAGAACUGCCCCUUGCCAUACACGUGUUGUGUGGCUCGCCGCUGCCUCAUUUCUACUCCUGUCCGAGGUCGGACGCUAAAUUCUGUCAGGCCCAGUGUCCACGUGUCCGUUUGUCUGUCCUUUUGCGUAUGACCGUGGAUCGGCACGCCGUGCUCCAGCUGCGGCAUGUGCAGGGUUAAGGCGAGAGGAGGUUUCCCUGAGUCGGAGCGGGAGGGGAGCGAGGGGCGGACCUGGCCCAGCCCCGCCCCGCGCCGGAGCAGUGCCGGAGCCCCGCCAGAGCCCGACUUCAGCCCCAGCCAGAUCCGGCGUCAGCGGAGGCGGAACGGUGGACCCCGUACCCUGGCAGCAUCGGAGCACCGGCGGGUGAAGGCAAGGUCCCUGGACUGGUCAUAUACCUCUUGUGGCCCUGGCAGAAUCAAGAUGAGGACCUGUCAUGCCUUCCCAGUGAGGCCUACAGUCUGAACAGACAGCAUGGCCUGCCAUUGGCUGUGAACACCAUGUCUGCAGGAGGUGGCCGGGCCUUUGCUUGGCAGGUGUUCCCCCCCAUGCCCACUUGCCGGGUCUAUGGCACAGUGGCACACCAAGAUGGGCACCUGCUGGUGUUGGGGGGUUGUGGCCGGGCUGGACUGCCCCUGGACACUGCUGAGACACUGGACAUGGCCUCACACACAUGGCUGGCACUGGCACCCCUGCCCACUGCCCGGGCUGGCGCAGCUGCAGUAGUUCUGGGCAAGCAGGUGCUAGUGGUGGGUGGUGUGGAUGAGGUCCAGAGCCCGGUAGCUGCCGUAGAGGCCUUCCUGAUGGAUGAGGGCCGCUGGGAGCGUCGGGCCACCCUCCCUCAAGCAGCCAUGGGGGUUGCAACUGUGGAGAGAGAUGGUAUGGUGUAUGCUCUGGGGGGAAUGGGCCCUGACACGGCCCCCCAGGCCCAGGUACGUGUGUAUGAGCCCCGUCGGGACUGCUGGCUUUCACUACCUUCCAUGCCCACACCCUGCUACGGGGCCUCCACCUUCCUGCACGGGAACAAGAUCUAUGUCCUGGGGGGCCGCCAGGGCAAGCUCCCAGUGACUGCUUUUGAAGCCUUUGAUCUGGAGGCCCGUACAUGGACCCGCCAUCCAAGCCUACCCAGCCGUCGGGCCUUUGCUGGCUGUGCCAUGGCUGAAGGCAGCGUCUUUAGCCUGGGUGGCCUGCAGCAGCCUGGGCCCCACAACUUCUACUCUCGCCCACACUUUGUCAACACUGUGGAGAUGUUUGACCUGGAGCAUGGGUCCUGGACCAAACUGCCCCGCAGCCUGCGCAUGAGGGAUAAGAGGGCAGACUUUGUGGUUGGGUCCCUUGGGGGCCACGUUGUGGCCAUUGGGGGCCUUGGAAACCAGCCAUGUCCUUUGGGCUCUGUGGAGAGCUUUAGCCUUGCACGGCGGCGCUGGGAGGCAUUGCCUGCCAUGCCCACUGCCCGCUGCUCCUGCUCUAGUCUGCAGGCUGGGCCCCGGCUGUUUGUUAUUGGGGGUGUGGCCCAGGGCCCCAGUCAAGCCGUGGAGGCUCUGUGUCUGCGUGAUGGAGUCUGAAGGCCUGGUGGGAGCUGUCCACUGGAGCAGCUCAUUGCCAGAGGCAGCUAUUUCUAUGGCUCCUUUUGCUGCUGAGGACACUCACUAUGGCUCUGUGGGAUGAGAGAGGCACAGGGGUGAGCACUUGAGACACUGCCUUGGGGUCUUGGGUUAGGGGAGCCUUUGUCUUUUGUGCAGGACACACAUAUGCUUACACCUACCUUUAUCACCAUUCAUUCAUGAAUCAUGCCUAGCUCCAUCCUUGCCCUGGGACCUACUAGGCCUUCCAUCCAACUGGGAAAUAGGGAGCAGGAAAGCUGGCCUCAUGCUCUUCAGGGUCAGUUCCUAUCUGGAGUUGACAAGGCCUACCCCAGUUGCCAUUCCUGAAAAAUCUCAGCUGCCAGGCUGCCUUUAGGGUCCAUGUAGACCCAGGAGAGUUGAGAGGGUGGGGGACACGGAGAGAAUAGAGAGGAUGUGGGAACUGCCAGAGGGCCAGAGCGCAGGAGUUCGAGCGGAGGAAUGCUGGCUUUGAGCCCUCUACACUGCUGGUUGUAUGACCUUGGACAAGUCACUUCACCUCUCUGUGCCUCAGCAGCCUCAUCUAUAAAUGGGGAUCUCUGAAACCUUCCUACCCUACCUACCUCACUGGGCUGUUGUGAGGAUCCAGGGAGUUUGGAUGUGGAAGUAAAAGUGCUGCUAAAACCUA